CCAACGCUUCUCAUAGCGGCAUAGACGAGCUAUCACGCAAGGCAUGACAAUUGAUUUUGGUCCCAAAUCAAUUAGAAGCUUCUAUUAAUAAUAAUUAUGAAUACUUUCCUUGAAGAUUCUACAGCAGUCCAAACACUAAAAGGAGUAAACAAAGGCUGUUGCCCUUCUUUCUUUUUCAUUCUAAUACAUCUGUCUUUUCUUUUCCUUGUUCCCCAAAAACCACGUCCUUUUUUAGUUCGACAUCACCGUCUCUAUUAACUAUAUUCAUAAUAAACAUCUUGGACAUCACAGGCCCAUGUUUUUCACUACACAAAAUCCAGAAUGAAAAAGCUGUGUUUCAAAAUUUUCUGAUUUUAAGUCUUUUGGGUGUGAUUUUAUUAACUUUCCGAGCCAUUCAGUAGGGUUGUUGGGUGCACCGCAGAUUUUGAAAUUAUGUUAAUAAGUUGUAGAUUGGUUUGAGUUGGUUCAGCUGAGACGGGUUCUGAGGAGGCAACAAUAAGGUCUAUUUGGUGCAGUAUAUUGAUUUGAAGGGGCCUAUAUGUGAUUGUAUGGUUAUAGUUUGAUUUCAGUGGGCCUGGCCUGUUUUUGAUGGGAUGGUUCUUUAUUAAUUUGAAGGUCCCUGCGUCUGAUGGGCAUGCUUAUAGAUUGAUUUGAAAGGGUAUUGAUUUGAUAUGGUUAGUGAGGAGGAAGGAUGGGUGUGGCAGCAGCAGGUGGUGGAGGUGACAAGGGUGUGCCAGGAACAGAGGGACACCCCUCUUCUGUGGGCAGUUGAAGUGAGCAAGUGCCUCAGGGGAGCAGCUGUCAGCAUGCCCUCCGUGGAACUGGGACAUUUGCUCAUAUCGCAUCUCUGUUGGAGCAACAAUGGACCCAUUUUAUGGAAGUACAUUGACCAGGCUAUGUCAUCCAGCAUGACGCCUUCGUUACUUAUCUUGGCAUUAUUGACUUCCAGAGUGAUUCCCUAUCGUCAAAUUCAGCCAGAAGCUUAUAGACUUUAUCUGGAACUUCUUGGUAGAUAUUCAUUUUCGUUAGCUUUAACUAAUACAACUUCCACUAGCAAGAAGAUUGUAGAGGCUGUGGAUGAUGCUCUUCAACUUUCCAAAACUUAUGGCAUUCCUGUGACUGAACUUGGGAAAGCUGCAGUGCUAUUUACUCUUACAGUGGUUUCCACUUUGGUUAAUGCAGUAGCAGAAGAUUCAGGUCUGCAAGGUAGAUGGUUAGAGAAACAAUACCGGUUAGGUGGGAAUGUGGGACAGCACGACAUGGUGAAAGGGGCAGAUGAGGAUGUUAAUGAGAAACGGCAUCAACAUCGGGAGCAUUUACGGAGAACAAAUAUUGUAAUGGCUAUCGAGAUGGUUAGGAAACUAAUGGAACACAAAAAAACAUCUACCUUUUUCCGUCUUGCAUGUCGAAACAUGACUGAACAAUGGAGUGGUUUAUGUCAACGCCUGCAAGUAUUGGAAGCUCACUCAUCAUCACUGAGUUUAAAGAUAGAUGGUGGAUUAUUUACACAGUUGGUUGGCUCCAUUCAAAGGUCUUUAAGCCUAGACUAUCAACCUAGCCAACACCAGGCAAUUAGAGCACUUAUUGAUUCAGGUUCACGGACAUCAGCAUUUGGGCACAGGUAUGGUGUAGGCCGGGCUUCCACAUGGCUUCCGUUUGAUUUAUUUAUGGAAGAUACAAUGGAUGGAAGGCAAGUUUCAGCUAAAUCUACUAUUGAGAGCCUAACAGAACUGACAAAAUCUCUCCAAGCAGUACAUGGUGCAAGUUGGCAAGAGGCUUUUUUAGGUCUCUGGACUGCAGCCCUUCGGCUUGUUCAAAGGGAACGAGAUCCUAUUGAGGGUCCUAUACCCCACCUGGAUUCACGGUUAUGUAUUCUUCUAUGUAUUACACCACUGGUUAUUGUUUCUAUUAUUGAGGAAGAAGAUAGGAUUCUUCAAGCUGCCAAGAAUAAUACAUUAGGAAACGUUGCAAACGCAUAUGAACAUGAUAAAGAGAGGAAAGUCAUGGGGUUAGGUACAAGGCAUGCAGCCUUAGUAUCUAGUCUUCAAAUUUUGGGACAGUUUGAUGAACUAUUAAAACCUCCUGAAUCUGUAGUCUUGGCUGCCAAUAAGGCUGCUCUUAAAGCCGAAAGCUUGGUUUCUACUGGGAGCUUUGAUGGCCUUAGCAGCAAUGGUAUUUCGAGUGCUGUAGUGGGAAACAUGCGGCACCUAAUUGUUGAAGCUUGCAUUGCUAGGAAAUUGUUAGAUUCCUCAGCAUAUUUAUGGCCAGGCUAUGUUGAAAGACUAGCAAAUCCAUUAUCUCAUUCAAUACCAGUUCAAGAAUUUCCAUGGUCUGCUUUUAUGGAAGGAGCACCCUUAUCUGUUUCACUAAAAGAUGCUCUUAUUAAAACUCCCGCUUCAAGCUUAGAAGAGCUGGAGAAGGUGUAUCACAUUGCAAUGAAUGGAUCAGAGGAGGAAAGGUCUGCCAUGGCUAGCAUUUUAUGUGGUGCAUCUCUUAUCCGUGGAUGGAAUGUUCAGGAACAUGCAGUUCGCCUGGUAGUGAAUCUUCUUUCACCUCCAAUUCCUGUAGAUCAUCACGGAUCUGGAAGUUUACUGGAACAUGCACCAUUGCUUAAUGCUGUUCUUAGAGCAGUAACUACUCAUGAUAAUGUUCACGUUCUCUCAUUAUAUGGAGUUGUUCCACAGGUUGCAGCUGCACUGAUGCCAAUUUGUGAGACAUUUGGGUCUAUAUUGCCAACUUCACCACAAAUCUCAAGCACAGGGGAAGAAGUUUCAGUUUACACAAUUUUCUCAAAUGCUUUUCUUUUGCUGCUUAGGUUGUGGAAGUUCUAUGGAUGUGCUCAUGCACAUGGUUUAUCUGGAAUGGGAGCUCCAGUGGGUACAGAACUUGCACUUGAAUAUCUUUUGCUCUUGCAUAAUAGUAGACUGACCAAAGAUAAUGAACAUUAUCAAGUUAAAGAGUCAUUGUACUUGGACUCUGCUUUGUCACAAGUACCAAUUCCACCAGAGGAUCAAGCCCUUGGAGUGACUUCAUCUUUUUCCAAGCCAUUGUUUAUUGACUCGUUUCCAAAAUUGAAAGUUUGGUACUGUCAGCAUCAAGCUUGUAUUGCAUCAACACUGUCGGGGCUUGUUCCUGGGAAUCCUGUACAUCAAAUUGCUGAUAGACUUCUGAAUAUGAUGUAUUGGAAACUAGGUAAAGGAGUACCUCCGACUACUACUUCUGUGGCAUCUGGGAGUAGCAGUCUGAGCAGCUCUUCAGGUAGUGCAGGAGGGGAGACAUCUCGGAAGCCUCUAUUAACAGCAUGGGAAAUUCUUGGGGCUGUGCCUUUUGUGGUAGAUGCUGUGCUGACUGCUUGUGCACAUGGAAAGAUUUCUCCUCGAGACCUUACAACAGGCCUUCGAGACCUUGUGGAUUUUCUUCCAGCGUCCAUUGCAACAAUAGGUAGCUACUUUUCUGCAGAGGUUACUAGAGGUGUCUGGAAACCUGCAUCAAUGAAUGGAACUGAUUGGCCAAGUCCUGCUGCAAAUCUUUUGUCGAUUGAAGCUGUGAUAAAGGAGAUACUAGCUGAUACAGGUGUUCAUGUACCGAGCCUUGUCAUAGGUGGAAAUACACCAGCUACCCUUCCAUUGCCAUUAGCAGCACUCGUAAGUCUAACAAUAACAUUCAAGUUGGAUAAGCAUUCAGAAUUAAUGACUGGUAUUGCUGGUUCGGUUUUGGAAACUACUGCGGCUGGAAGUCCAUGGCCUUGCAUGCCCAUUGUUGCGGCACUUUGGUGUCAAAAGGUCCGAAGGUGGCAUGAUUUUAUUGUCUUUUAUUCCUCAUGUACUGUAUUCAUGCAUGAUAAGCAUGCUGUUGUACAGCUUCUCAAAAGUUGCUUUUCUGCAACUCUUGGAUCUACAAACAAUUUGAUGUCAAAGUUGACAGUUCAUGGCGGAAUAGGAGCAUUGCUGGGACACGGCUACUCUUCAAACUCCUCUCCCUGUGGUACAGCUCCAGCGGCACCUGGCGUCCUUUAUCUCCGCACUUACCAUUCAAUGUAUGACAUAAAGUUUUUAGCUGAAGAGAUUCUCUCACUUGUGGCUGGUGUGGUAAGAGAUUUUGUAACCAUGGGAAUGAAUCACCAACAUUCUGGCCAAUCCCUUGGAGCUCCACAGCGCCUAAAAUCUGAAAAUGUGUCAUUGGAAAAUGCAUUAGAAAGAUCUAAACAAGCUUCUUCCCUGGGUGCUUCCUUACUCUGUAUUUCAGGUGGUUCGGAAUUGGUUCAAAUGCUUUAUAAAGAAACCUUGCCAACUUGGUUUUUGUCUGAAAAAACCAAGACAAAAAGUGCAUCAAGUGUUUCUACUCUAGAAGGCUAUACAAUAGCACAAUUUUCCUUUCUUUGUGGAGCUUGCACAUGGGGAGUAGACAUUUCACCCUCUUCAAAGAAGAGGGCCCAAAUUGUUGGGACCCACAUGGACUUUCUGGCAAGUGCAAUUGACGGGAAUAUGUCUAUGGGAUGUGAACAUCCAACGUGGAGAGCAUAUGUAUUGGGCUUCCUUACAAUGGUAAUUAAUUGUUCUCCUAACUGGAUUUGUGAAGUAAAUAUAGAAAUUCUAAAAAGACUGGCCACAAGGUUGAAAUGGUGGCACGAGCCUGAACUUGCUCUUGCUUUAUUGGAGAGGGGAGGCCCUCUAGCAGUGAGUGCAGCUGCUGAACUUGUUUCUAGUUAUUAAGCUGCCUCUCUUCUGAAUAUUUGUCUCAUCAGAGGUGCUCUAGUGUUUUAACUGGCUUUCAGUGCCAUCUUGGCACCAGCUGUGAUCAUGCUAUAUAAUUGUUAGGAAUUUAAAUCUUGAUAUAGUUAUUGUAACUUUCAGUAGAAUAUGUGUUUCAUUAGAUCAUCUUCUCAAAUUCUGUUCUUUUUGAUGGAAGAUUGAGUAUGCAUUAAGAAGUAAAGAAAAAGUUCAAGACAA